AUGGUUGUUCAGGAAUGGAAAGCCGAAAAAAUUGAAACCAAAACCAAACCAACAGCAGAAAAGAAAGUGGAUGAAGCCCCCAAGGAGAAACCUAAAGUGAAGAAAGAGGCUGAAGUAAUCAAAGAGGUUAAACCAGCCCCUGGGAAGAAAGAAGCUAAAACUCCCAAGGACAAAGUUGAACCAGCUGUUUUGAAGAAAGAUACUGAAGCUGCUAGAAAAGUAAAACCUGCUCCAGUUAAGAAAGAGCCUGAGGUUUCCAAAGAAAAAGCCAAACCAGAGCCCGCAAAAAAAGAGCUUGAAGAGAAGCCAAAAUCAGCACCAGCUAAAAAAGAAGAUGAAGUCAAAGAGAAAAAGGCAGCUUUUGUAAAUAAAGGUUAA